GAUUGACCAGUUUCUAGCCCAGAACUGUCAAGCUGCAGCGGCUGGCGCCUCCCCUUUCCUCUAUAAAUUCGGAGGGAGGUCUGCUCGUGCUACUCACGCCGUGGCUGCUGAAGUCAGUCCGCUCAGUGCUUUCCCAGAGACAUGUUAAGAGAAUUAGUAUAGCCCUCAUCUGACGCUGUCGUAGACCUGCUUACCUUCGAGUUAAGCUUUUUAAAAAUCCACCAGUGUCAUCGCCACAUCCCACCUUGAACCUCUCCUUUAGAGACCUGUUUUUCUAUUAUUAUUAUUAUUAUCACCAACAAUUGUUAGGCUAUCCUAUUUUUUUUUCUAUUUCCUCUCGGUAUCCGUAACUCACUGAAUCUUUCGCUCGGUUUGUUGUGUUUUUAUCGUACAACCAAAAAAAGAAAAGAAAUGAAGGCGAUUGCUCCCGUCCGCCCUCAGAAGGACUCCGGCUCCUCGGGUAACAACAGCAGCAGCAGUGCAAACAGCAGCAGCAGCGAUCUUUCGUUGCACUGUCUGUCGGACCACAGCCUGCACAUUGCGCGCUGCAGGAUGGAGGAGGAGGACCUGUACAACGGCGUGCCGUACGGCGACAUGAACGACUGCUACAGCCGCCUGAAGCGCCUCGUGCCCACGAUACCGCAGGAUAAGAAAGUCAGCAAAGUGGAGAUCCUUCAGCACGUCAUAGACUACAUCUUGGACCUGCAGCUCGCUCUCGAGACGCACCCUUCCCUCAGCAAACAGCCUCAGCAGCAGCAGCGGACCUCCGGAGCAAACAACCCCACCCGGACACCGCUGACGGUGCUCAACAUUGACCACCAGAGGACGUCAAUAGUUAAAAAGCCGGAGGACUCAAUUUUAUGCCGUUGAGGUGGAAAUACUGCAACGGUGCGCUGCAGGGCCGCUCCUCCGCCAGGGACUCUCUCACACUGGAGGCACGGGGAUCACCAGGGGCAUUUUUCAAAACCACUGGAAGAAAUAUGAAAAAAUGUAAUUAAAACGCUAUUUAUAUAACUUUUUUUUUUUAUGUGUGCCAAAGCACUCCCUGUUUUAUUUGGCAUAACUCGUUUUUUGUUUCUUGUAACCGGAUUUAAUCAAACUAAAAUAAACCAAGUUGAGACACGGAGUCCCUCGCAGCUUGGACGGAGAACUGCAGGCAACAGCUUAUGGAGAACUGUGUGAAGUGUGCGUUCAAAUAGCUUACAGAAGUCCAGUUUAAAGCUUUACUAAAACGGUGAACAUUGUUAAUGUUUCGGGCAUCUAUUGUUUAAAAUAGGUGAUUUGUGUUGAAAAGGGUUUUCCCUGGGAUCUGAAAUUGUUUAAUAUUGUAAAAAAUACAAACAAUUCAAGUCAAGGCAAUUUAGAUUGUACAUAUAGACCAACAAAUGUUCUAUAAAUGUAUGUGAAAGUAAAUACUUAUAUGCUUCAAAUAGACUAUUGUAAUUAAGAUAUUUUUAUCAAUUGUUUUUUUGUUUUGUUUUGUUAUAAUGUAAAUAUUGUGUUACCCCGUUAAUAUCAUCGUCCUAAUAUUAGUUCACCCUUUGCAGUGUGUGGAGAAGUUUAACACGUAGCAUGUCCAGCUAAUUGCAAAGACGUCUGCACUGAAACAUCCAUUUUGUGUAAAUAUAUCCUCUGGAGUUCAGCCUCACAUGUCCCUCAUUUGUGGUCUUUGCUCCUUCAAGCUCAGCUUUCUCUCUGAAUGUUUUUUUUGUUUUGUUUUCAUUUCUGACAUUUCUUGAAACCCUCAGCCUAAAGAGCCGGGCCCCGGGGUGUAUCUUAAGGGGCCCGGUUGGAUUCUGUUACGUUUCAACGUUGUGUAACAAAAAGUACACUGCAGCCGCUGCAUUUCUGACCAAGUUUACAAAUAAAAGAAAAAACACAUCUUGAAAUAAA